CGCCAGAGAGAGGGUGUUUCUCCACUGCAUCUGAGCCAUGGACAGCUGACUGGUUGGGAUCUAAUUGCUCUCAAGUGAGGUCAGCAGCAGGCAUUUAUCUAAGCAGGGUGCACGACGGAGGAUGCACAGAGUCAGCUUUGCCAGAAGCAGGGGAGCCUAGAUGAGGACCGACAGCGUUUCUCACCUCUUGCUUGGCUUUGUUGCAUCACUGAGCUGGGUUUACCUGGGUUUAACUGCAGCUUCAGACCUGAGGAGUCUCAUCACUGGUGCUGAAAAGCGGCACGCGUCUGACAACGUCCCUCAUCGCUCAGAGCGCAUUGACAACCAGUACAGCCAUCCCUAAUCUGGAUUAUUACAUUGCUUGUUGGACUAUUGUUUCAAGGGGAUCAAGCAAUUGACGAACUCUGUAUAUAUGGACUAGCAAACCUAUAAAGUCCCCAUUCUGCCAGCUUUCUUUUUUUUUUUUUUUUUUUUUCAUGAGACUUCUCACCUUUGAACUCAACCCAGCCUCACAAAGUCUUCCUCCCAUCCCUCUAGGAGUCCCUGAAACAAAGACCCGAAGGUUACAAGGCAGGGGUCAGGAGGUCGCCGGGUUGAGGAACAGCGCUCAGCUCUUGAGCUGAGCUUCUCAGCAUGUUUCUCAUUGAUCCCCUCAGCAUUGCAUUAUAAUGCGCAAAUGGAUGCUGACAUGGAACCUUCAAAGUCUGCUCUCAGGACUCUACCUGCACGCGAUCUUUCUGUUUGGCAGCGUGUGUGUGGUCUACAGUGACUGCACCCCCGAGCAACGCGUUGCCAUCAUGAACUGCUCUAAACACGAGCGCCACACCAGGAACUAUGAUUACAUGGAGGGAGGAGAUGUGCGCAUUCGACAGCUGUUCAGCGGCACGCAGUGGUUCCUCACGAUUGAUGACUCGGGCAACAUUACGGGAACUCAAGAUCCUACCAACUGCUACAGUAUCCUGGAGAUCAGAACGGUGUCCGAGGGGCCCACGCUGGCCAUCAAAGCUGUAAAGAGCCAGUAUUACAUCUGCAUGAACAAGGCUGGAAAUCUGCAAGCCAAGAAGACCUACAGCAAAAACUGCGACUUUAAGGAGGGUUUCCUAGAGAACCACUACAAUGCUUACUCCUCUGCAAAGUGGACUGAAAAGGCAAUGUUCAUAGCGCUAAAUCAGAGGGGGCGGCCAAUGAGGGGGAAGAGGACCAGGAAGGCAAGCGUAGCUUCUCACUUCAUCCCAAUGAAAUGCUGGGAGGAGGAGAGGAGAGUGGAGUGAAGAAACUAAAGACUUCGUCCCAGACUGUGUGACUCAGGUCACAUUUAUGUGCAUAUAUCAUACCAGACACAUGUAGUCUCAUUACCAGCAUCACUCUCCGCUCUCCUAACGUUCAGUUGUAUCAAUAACUGAAAAACGAAUGUAUCAUAAGCUACGACAGUCUCCAUCAUACAAGAUACUGAAACUGCAAACAUGGACUGAAGUUAUUUUGAAGUAAAUACUAUAAAUUGUAUUAAAACAGAAGUAUUUUCUUACCAAACCAUAAAAAAAAAUCUCCAUGCAGUCUGGACUGUAUUCUUUACAAAUGAUUUGCCACCAAGCUGCCGGAUGAGGGGACGUAUUUAAUCCAAUAAUAAAAUAAAAUAAAAUAAAUAAUUACUCAGAGGGGAUAGCUGAUCUGACCAAAAAGUGCUGAAGCAAGCUGGGCUUGUUUUUACCUUCCACUGCACCAGAUACAUUCAUACAGAGCUGACAUAGUGCAUGUAGUUAAUGAAAAUAUGAAUAAACAGCAAGUCAAGCUUAUUGUGAUAGGUGUGUGUGGGCGUGUGGGGGUGUGUGUGGGUGUGUGUGUGUGUGUGAUUUUCUGCAUGGACUCUGGUCAAGUACACUGUAGCUGCUCACUGACUCCCUUUUCAUUGUCAAUAUUUCAUCUUAAAACGCUGAAAGGUUUUGCUGCUGCUGAACAAACAUCCAGAUAUAUAUACAGAGCAAAUAUCUUAAUAAAUGAGAAUAAUCCCUACACUAAAAGACAAGAUAUUUGUUUUAAAGGGUUUUUCUUUAUAUUCCUUUUCAGACAUUCCUGUUGUGCUGAGUGCCAGCUGGAAAAAUACCCACAGAUUCAAUAUUUGGUACUCUAAUGUAGGAAAUAUUACCGGAGUUUUGGCUAUAGCAUUGCAGCACUUCAUCGCCUAUGGCCCCCCAGUUCCCUUCUUUGUACAAAGCCAACAUGCUGAAGCAAAGCUUCACUACGCAUCUUUUUUUCCCCUCCACUAGAGGGUAUAAUAAACCUCAAAAUAAACUCGCAUCCCCUCGCUUAUGAAACUUCUUAAGUCGACUUGUCAACAAGACGUCAAACUAAAAUGGAAACACACAGCUCUCUGUUAGAUGUUGCUUUGAACAUCUUCACAGCCACUUGUGCUUGGGUUAGACUGCAUGUGAACUUUAUGAACCGAGUCGUUAUCCUGCCAUAAACUAAACUGGCGUUAAGACUAAAAAGCUCUGGGGGAACUUGAAGACAGAGGUGUGUGUUGUAUACUGUGAUGACAUUCAGCAUUAUUUAUUCUGUUUAUUAACGACAACAAAGACAAAUAUGGUAUUUAUUCUCAGCUUUUGCAUGUCUGUAAUAUUCACUAUGAUAUAGUCAUACUUAAACAAAGAGGUCUGAUCUGUUAUUUGCUGUGAUUUCAGUGUUAUGGUAAAAUGACCCCGUUUCACAGCCUAAUGUACUCUUUAACUCUGGAUUUUGCUUUAUCCUGUUGAGAAAACCUAUUACCAGUAAAACAAACUCAAUGUAUCAAAUUUAAA